CAGUUAUGCAUUAGGUUGUUUAUUUAAGUUCAAUAUUGACACUGUAAAGGGUAUUCAUUAUUUACAGCGGUAGUGGCCAGUAGUGCAUUUGAACAGGAAAAACACAGAUGACGGUUACCAUAACAACAGUACACAAAAGCCACUUUUUGUUAUCCUUCUGGCACUCUAAUACUUUGUUCCACACAAUAAUAAGCGAUGUCCUCAGACAACCUUGUGUCAAAAAAGGGUGGUGUUGCCAAAUCCCACAAUGCAGACACAAGACGGUGGAAAUCACCAGACAGCAAAAGCAUUCUUCUACAAAGUUUAAAUGAAAAAUCCGAGCGACAAAAGGAGAUGCGAAAAUUCCUGCCUCUCCCGAUUGACGAAAAGAUGAGCUACAGCGCUCGAAUGAUGGCACAGCAGAGGAAAGAUCUUUCCAAGCAGCUGGCGGAGGAGGAAGAGAGUGUGAAGGUGCUAAAACAAGCCAAGCGUAAGCCAACGCUCCCUUUCCAAACACCCGCAAGGCGUGAGUUGAAGACGGCCUUGUUGAAGCAAACACACAUUGUGAGAGAAUGCAAACACGACUUCAUCGCCAUGGAGCGUCAGAAGGCCGUGUUGGAGAUAUCACUGAUGACAAAGAGGUCAGAGAUUUGUAAAAUGGACAAGGCCAUCGCCAAAGAGGAGCGACAGCUGAAGGAGCUGGAGAAGCUCAUCGAGAAGGACAACCAAAACUUUGAACAGUUUCUGAGGGACAACGAGAAGAAGUCUACAGAGGCCCGAACAUUUUUUGAACGAGAAGCCAAGUCUAAACAGGAGAGAAACGCAGAGAUUAAGAAGAUGACUUCUGAAAUAUCGAUAAUAAGAAGUGAAGUUUCCAGCUAUGAAGAAACACUACAAGAGUACAAGAGGUACAAGGAGCUUCUCUUUAAGUUGUCUCCACCAGAGUGGCAGGAGGCCCAGAGAGCAAAGCUUAUGAGGAAAGUCCCACUGGAUCAAAGUACUGAGGAUGAGCUGAAACCCCCCCCAAUGGACCCCACAGCGGUCAAGCGAGAGAAGACUGUGGAGAGCGACGGUGCUGGUGGGAGGCCCAGACUGACAUCUGCAGAGAGCACCAGUCCCUCCAAGCAGUCUGACCCAGACACGGACAGUUCAGAAUACGAGGAUGAUCCGGAGUUGUACUUCACCGACCCCAAACAGCUGAUUGAGCUGAUGACGGAGCUAACGGAGCAGAACUUAUCUUUGAUGAAGAACUGUACAAGAGCUGAGGAGACACUGGAGGAGCUUAAACAAUCUAUGGAGGCAGUCAAGAAGACAACUGAAAAGGACGAGGCGCUCCUGAGACAGCAAAUUCACGAGAUGAACAGGAGGAUCGAGGAUGAGAAGGCGAGAGCCGCAAAGCUGAAACAGAAGGUUCAGGUCCAUGUUUUGUUGAACAUGGAACAUGAGGAUGACAUGCUGAGUGCUCUCGGGGAGAAGGUGGCAGAGGUGUACAGGUGCUGCGUGGACGACAGAGUGAGCAGCCACAGCACCUUGGAGAAGCUGGCCAGCAUUGAGAAGCAGAUGUCUUCACUACUGCUCUGCCUGGAGGACAUACCAGAGGAAAGCUUGGAAAUGAUGCAGAAGAUCAAGGACAGCGAGAGGAGGAUUAGGCAACGUGAAGAAAAGCUGAGGUUGCAAAGAGAGAAACAGAUGGAACGGAUGAAGAGAUACUUAGAGAGGUCUCUGGCUGAUGCCAAGAAAACUAGUGGACGUAAACUAAUGCCAAGAUGCAUCCCGACUGCCCAGAAGGUCAAAGUUAAAAAAGUGGAAAGUGUUCCUGCUGACGACGACUUUAAUGACUACUUUUUCACAUCUUUGGAUAUCGAGUAAAAAAAAAAGAAAAAGAAAACGUUUCAAUCCAAAUGCAUUGUUUCUAUCCCCCAUGCACUUUUGUAUU